GUACGUAGUACGUAAUCCUCAAGAUCGGGAUAUGGAAAGCCAACACGCACAGGGUGUGGGGCCUGUAGUCGUACGCUAUGGUAAGGUUCAUGCGUAAGCGAACUGAUGUUUGUCCGCAAGGAGUGAGGUACCUACCACGAAAGACAGGAGGGAGAAAAGAGUUCGGACCCCCUUGUUUCUUGCGUUGUGCCAUGGGCGCAAAGGGUAUUCAAGUCAUUGAAUGAGAGUGCAGCAAAGACACCGAAAUACCGAAAUCGCAAGCUCAGAAUUUCUCAUUGGCUUGACAAAAUCUACCAACGGAGAGCCUGAGAAAGUCGAAUCUAAAACGGAAUCGACCUUGGGUAUCGUCUUCAUUAUUGUUGGUAUUCUAAUACCGUUAUCAGGAGGCGUCCUACCCCAUUCAGCAAUAAUUGCUAAGAGCAAACGAUUGAAGCGUUUUGUUGGCGUCUAAAAGCACCGAAGAAUCUUUGGGUUAUUCCCUCAUUUUUCUCAAGAUGUCCGACGAUGCAGUAUCCGUCGAUGAAUCCGACUCUUCUGCCUUUAUGGAUGAAAUGGCAAGCUACCUGUACUUGACCAUUCGGCUGGUGGGAGCUCUGGUGGCUGUGUACUGUGGAAGUUUUGCAUCCAGCCAAUCGAGGCUCUUUUCUGGAUUGAACACUGCAGCACUGGCAGGAUUCUUAUCUUUCACCUUUUUGGAACCCCUUUUUGAGCCUGUUGGAUUGGAGCUGGCAAAGGUCGCACUAUGUGUCUUGGCUAUCAGUGGAGGAUUGGUUGGGCUGAGCUUGGGAGUUUUGCUUCCCACGGUUUUCCCAGGAGCGUGUUUCGGUGCCUCUCUGGCUUUAUUGAUUGGAUCUUUUGGAGUAGCGUCCGUGCCUCUCUACUUCCCCAUCGUGGGGGGUGGUCUUGCAUUGGCAUGUGCUAUUGCUUCGGUUCGAUGCUGCACCAAGUUUAUGGUUGUCUUUGCUAGUGUCCUAGAAGGAGGCGCUGUGGUAUGUGCCCUGGUUCUCAAAGCUGUACUGCCUCACAUCAUGGACGUUGCAAGAGGAUACCCCUACUAUCCCCAUGACGAUCAUGGCUCUUUUCCCUUUGGUCUACCCAUCCCCAGAGAAGUCGUGCUAGCCCUUGUAUGGGUCGCUGCAUCCUUGCUGGUAUUUGCAGCUAUUGUCCAUCGUGAUGGAAACUGCUCCUACUUGGAUAUCCGUGCCAUGUUCAGGCGGGGGUACAAGGCGGUUCCGACAUCGGAGGCAUCAAACGGCAGCAGGUCCAAACCGACUCUGCUUCGAGACCCACCUGCAGUCGCUCAUGAUGCAUACAACAUGUUUGACCCUGCUAAUCUGCCUCCUCGCCUCGCUGAAUACGCCAACAUGGUGUACUCAGCCUGUGAAGAUCUUGGUAACUUCUUUGGGUUCCAAGACUCUUCAGUACGCAACCAGGCAGAGCACUUGCUUAUCCUUCUCAGUAACAAUCGCCGUUACAUGAGCAGUCACAUCUUGCCUCCUUCUGUGCAACCACCAAGUCCCAUUCAUGCCUUACAUGCCAAGGUCUUCUCCAACUAUGUCAAGUGGUGUCGUGCUAUGGGUGUCCCUCCUCAUUUCUCCAAAAUGAAUACCUCCAUGAAUGCUCCACCAGCUGUCGCAAGCCGCGUGGUUGACCUGGUGCUGUUCUUUUGUAUCUGGGGCGAAGGAUCGAAUCUUCGUCACAUGCCCGAAUGCCUGUGGUUCUUGUACCAUAAGACAAUGGAAGAAUACAUCAAGAGCGAAGGUUACACUCAGACGAGGAGCUUGUAUGCUGGUCAUUUCCUGGACUUUGUGGUGACUCCGUUGUACGAGAUUUGUAGCAAUAACAUGAAGAAGAAUGCUGACCACCAGGACAAACGCAACUACGACGAUAUCAACGAAUUCUUCUGGUCCCGAAACUGCCUCAAGUACCACUACUCUACCGGUGACGCCAAGGAUAUGACCGAUAUCGAGGGAGAUGGCAACGUCCUUGGUCCUCUCCCGGGGGAAUCGUUGCCUCCUGUAGCCGAGGCUCUUGCCAAGGCACCAAAAACCUUCCUCGAGAAGCGUUCAUGGUUGCGUGGUAUGUUGGCAUUGAACCGAAUCUUGGAGUGGCACAUCGUCACCUUCUAUCUCCUGGCAGUCAUUGCCUUUGCGAGGGAGCUCGUUUGGGGAUGGGUGUAUUCUCUUCAGGUUGCCAGUGGCGUUUUUUGGAUAUUCAACGCUUUGCAUUUGUUCUGGGCUCUUCUGGAGGUUUGGAGCAGUUAUCCCGGGAUUCAUCUCUCUGGAACUGAAGUUUGUGGAUCUGUCUUUAUCCUGGUGGCACGUUUCUUGACGUUGGUGUAUCAAACGCUGUACAUCAUGUGGGCUUUCUCCCCGCAAAAGGGUGUUUACCUUGGAAUCGAGGCCGACACAACCUUCUGGUGGUGGCAGUACAUUUGGCUGUCUCUCCUCAUCAUGGUGCCGUACUGCAUCGAAACCCUCCUUCAAUUCUGGCCGUCGCUGACAACUGCGAUUUGCACAAGCCAAAACGACUACGUGCAGUCUUUCCUCAACAUGCUUUACCCUCUCAGUCGGCUCUACGUUGGCAAGGAAGUCCACGAGUCGGUUGGUCACUCUGCCGUGUACAUCAUCUACUGGCUGACGUUGAUGGCAUGGAAGUUGUUCUUCUCGUACAUUUUCGAGGUUUAUUCGAUGGUUCUGCCUUCGUUGGAGUUAACGGAUGACUACGUGAACUACCCGAACCAAAGCUUCAUGAAGAUGUUUGUGUUGCUCCUGAUGCGUUGGCUCCCCCAGUUCAUUGUCUAUCUUAUCGAUAUGAGCAUUUGGUAUGCUGCUUGGCAAGCGUUUGUGGGAACAUCAGUUGGAUUCUCCGAUCACCUUGGAGACGUCCGUUCCAUUGAUGACAUUCGGCAAAACUUUGGAAAGGCACCGGAAAACUUUUGUAAGAAAAUGCUGUCGCCAGAUGCUGGCAGUCGUCGUGGCUCGUCUGCAAGUUUCCUGGGAACUUCGUCUGGUAACAUGACCUCUGAAGGAAGUUCCUUGCUUGGAUCGGACCCGCAAAAGCUGCAGAGUUAUGUCAACAGGCUUCUUGAUGUGCGCAUCCAAAAGUGGGUCAUGUUCUCCGCUGCUUGGAAUGAAAUCAUUGACUACUUCCGACAAGAAGAUAUCGUGUCGAAUGAUGAAAGCGACAACCUGAAAUUUAGCCAAUUCGAUGGAUUCAGUCAAGCUAUUUAUCUACCAGUGUUCCAGACCGCAGGGGUUAUUGACGACGUCAUGUCUGAAUUGGAACGACCAAGUGAUGAAUACAAAGACCCAAAGACAGGCGUUGUCACGGACGAAAGCUUCUUCAAGCCGAUCAUCGAGCAUGUCACGAUGCAAACGGCCGUUUCAGAGGUGUGGGAACUUGGAUCAUUUCUUUUUGCCCAAGUCCUUGGACCAGUGCACAGUAGUGAUGUCAAUGCCAUCUCAAGCACUAUCAACAAGUGGAUGGAAAGCUCAAGUCUAACAUCUCACAUGAAGCUGGAAAAGAUGAGAACUGCCAUGAAACACUUCGUUGGUGCUGUGAUGACUCUGCAGAAGGGAAUUGGCAAAAGGAAACCGGCGUUGAAGCCCAGGUCGUCGACAAAAGGCGCAGGCAAGAAGCCAUACGACAUCGCACCGUUCUCCAAGGGCGGAGACCGCAGGUCAACUGGUAUGCGAAAAGUUGUAAGUGCAACUUCGCUGAACAGUCUCGAGGACGUCAAGCCCAGCUUGGAUAGGAUGGAACAAAAUCCAAACGUUGUCAGCAAGCAAGCCGAGAUCGACGCUCUGCGAGACCAGGUCCGAGAUAAGCUUCGCAACGUCACUCACGCUCUAAAAGGUCUGUUGAUCAGCACCGACUCGAACGAUGAGAGCAGGGAUGUUCUGGAUCGAUUGACUUUCCUCGGGUCCAUGGAGAAUGGUUUCUUCUGGGACGACCACUAUGCUUCGGACCAGCUCGAUGAUGUUUCGAAGAAUGUCACUUUCAAAGCAGUUUUGAAGAAGAUUCACGGGUUGCUAUGCAUGCACCCAGACGAGGCAGAGCCCAAGUCAAAGGAAGUUCGCCGACGCCUCACCUUCUUCGUCAACUCUCUUUUCAUGGACAUGCCAGAUGCACCAUCGAUCCAUGAUAUGUUCUCAUGGAAUGUUUUGACACCGUACUAUUCCGAAGAUGUCACCUACAGCAAGGCUGACCUUGAGAAACGAUCGGAUGCUCUUGGAGUAUCAACUUUGCUCUACCUGCAAACCUUGUUCCGCGCCGACUGGAAUAAUUUCCUGGAACGUUUGGGCAUCACCGAUGAAGAGAAGAUCUGGUCUAAGAAGUUCGUCGAGGAAACAAGACGAUGGGCAAGCAUCAGAGCUCAGACCUUGUCGAGGACUGUCAACGGUAUGAUGUACUGCGAAAAAGCGCUUCGUUUGCUGGCCAACUUGGAAAGGCUAGACGAAGACACAACCAACGACUUGAUGGGCGAGAAGUUCGGCUACGUUGUCUCGUGCCAAGUGUACGGUAACAUGAAGAGGAACCAAGAUCCGAAGGCAGACGACAUUGAGGCCCUGCUUCACCGUUUCCCGCACCUUCGCGUUGCUUACAUUGACAACAUUCGUAUCAACCGAGCUGGAGCAUCCGUGUUCUACUCUGUUCUUGUCAAGAGCGACUGCAAGGGAGGAAUCCAGGAAAUCUAUCGCGUGCGACUCCCUGGUAACCCCGUCAUCGGAGAGGGCAAGCCCGAGAAUCAGAACCACGCUAUGGUCUUCACCCGAGGUGAAUUCCUCCAGACAAUUGAUAUGAAUCAAGAGGGAUACUUUGAGGAGGCUCUGAAGAUGCGCAAUGUGCUGCAGGAAUUCGCCAAGAGGGAAGGCCCUCUCCCAACGACGAUUCUUGGUCUCAGAGAGCACAUCUUCACUGGAAGUGUGAGCUCCUUGGCUAACUACAUGGCUAUGCAGGAGAUGUCCUUCGUUACAUUAGGCCAGCGCGUUUUGACAAGGCCACUUCACAUUCGUCUUCAUUAUGGUCACCCUGAUGUAUUCGACAAGCUUUUCUUCAUUACACGAGGUGGAAUCAGUAAGAGUUCCAAGGGUAUCAAUCUUUCCGAGGAUAUCUUCGCUGGUUACAACAACACUAUUCGAGGUGGCACUGUUGGUUUCAAAGAGUACGUCCAAGUGGGCAAGGGCCGUGACGUUGGAAUGAGCCAGAUCUACAAGUUCGAGGCCAAGCUGAGUCAGGGCGCGGCCGAGCAGAGUCUUUCCAGGGAUGUUUAUCGAAUGUGUCACAGACUGGACUUCUUCCGUCUUCUCUCAUUCUAUUAUGGAGGCAUUGGACAUUACUUCUCGAACGUCCUUACAAUCUUGACCGUUUACGUUGUGGUCUAUCUGAUGGCAUUCUUGGCAAUCUUCCAACUGGAGAAGAUUGGAGACCGCGUGAUCACUCCUAUGGGAACUAUUCAAAUGCUGCUAGGGGGCCUCGGACUGCUGCAGACAAUUCCUUUGUUUGCGACUCUUGGCGUUGAGCGUGGAUGGAUCGCAAGUAUCCAGGAAAUUUUCUUCAUCUUUGUCACCGGUGGUCCUUUGCAUUUUAUGUUCCACAUCCAAACGAAGGCAACGUAUAUGGCACAGACGAUCCUUGUUGGCGGUGCAAAGUACCGUGCCACCGGGCGCGGUUUUGUCACACAGCACACACCUUUUGACGAACAGUAUCGGUUCUUUUCGUCAAGUCACUUGUAUCUUGGAGUUGAGCUCGCCGCAUGCCUUAUAUUGGUUGGCGUUUACACCCACGCAGGGCAGUACUUUGGAAGGACUUGGUCUCUGUGGCUUGCUUCUGCGUCCUUCCUUUGCAGUCCUUUCUGGUUCAACCCGCUUACAUUCGACUGGAACGUUGUUGUCAAUGAUUACAGUUUGUGGCUCAGGUGGAUGUACGGUACAUCCGGAGGAUCUCAGAGAAGCUGGUCGAUGUGGUGGAACGAAGAAAAUGCCUUUUACAAAAAGAUGCCUUUGCCAUCCAAGCUUCUCUUUUUCAUCAAAGCUUGCCUGUAUGGCUUGAUGGCUGAAGGUAUCCGCCGAUCGAGUCUUUUCAAGUCCGACAUCACAUUGAACAAGCCAUUGAUCUCCAUCGGAAACGUCUUGAUUUUCAUCAUUGGUGUCUUCAUCGUUGGGCGACUUUUCACCUACAAGGAGAGUUCGUUGCCCUAUCCAAUUCGCAGGACCAUUGGGAUUCUUCUGUUCUCCUUGAUGGUUGCUGGUGUUAUUACCCUCCUCCUUGAAGAUUCGAACUUCAUUCGCUAUGCCUUGGCAGCAUACUAUGCCAUCGGAGCAUUUUGUAUGUUGGGACUGUUGCUAGGUGUGAAGAUCGUCAAGAUCCCCUACAUGAUCCAUGAUCUCGUGUGCGGUCACAUCAUUUUCAUUCCUCUGUUCGUCCUUGCGGCUCUUCAGCUCCCUGGUCACAUCCAGACAUGGCUGCUUUACCACAAUGCCUUGUCCACUGACGUUGUUGUCAGCGACAUCCUGCGAUACGCCAGAAAGACUCAAGAAUCUGGUGGCGCAGAAGCUGAUGAAGAUCUGGCUGAACAAGUUGCCGAACUCAAGAAGAUUGUGCAGAGGCAAGAACAGCUACUUGCAAAUUCAGGAGUACUAGGAGGCGAUGCUACCGUUGAAGGCGUGGCUGAUAUCUUGGCGUCCCCCAAGUCCAUGGAGCCACAGGUUCAACCAAGCAUUCCUGCUGUCAGAACCACUACCGGCAGCGGCCGUUACGGUAGGGCAUUCAGUAUGUCGGGCAUCGAUGUCUGGGGAGAUAUGGCUCUCGGCGAUACCUCUGAGCUGCGUCAAGCAGCGAAUAUGGCUUCAGAUAAUGGCGCACAUGUCAAUGCGAUGCCUGCAACGAGCGCAGACGGCUUUUCUUUCACUCAACCGGAUAGGAUGCCUCCAAGGUAAACGAGCUUUGAAAGCUUGUUACCAGGACAAAAAAGUUUUUCUGGAACUGCUUCACCCCCCUUUCGUGUUUUGUGCCGCAAGUGAUUCUACUAGCUACUUUUUAGAAUUUGUAUGUUGCUAUCCAAGUCAAGUGUAUGGCUCGUAGCUAAAGUCUGUUUAAAUUCCAUUCAACUUAC